AAAGAGUUUCAUUACUAGGAUUAAUUGCAGUUCAAUUAAAUUUAAUCUGUGGUUAAUUUUUAUUACGCCCUCGAGAUGGCGCAAGAGAAGUCGCGACAAUACAAGCGGAGACUUCGGGAUAAGAUUCGUUACUGCAGCAAUGUUAGCAUCCUAAGCACUCUCAGCGUUGGUUCGGAAGGCAACUGGAAAAUGAGAGUUCCCUCUCUUCGAGCAAGUCAGCUGCCAGAGGAAUUGUUAGAGGUUUACGAAGAAGCUUUCUAUUUGUUAGAUCCAAACGAUACGGGCGCCAUCGGCGCUAGAGAGGUAGGCAUCGUCAUGCGAGCGCUUGGGCAAGAACCAACCGAUGAAGAAAUACAGAACCUUAUACAAGAAGUUGACCGGAGUUCCACGGGUUCGCUCACUUUUAACGACUUUCUAGCUUUCCUCGCCCAUAUUUGCCAGGACGAAGACCCCGACGAAGAAUGGGAAUCUGUGUUUAAAAGAUUUGAUAGAAACGGUAAGUCGACUGAGGGUGGAAUGUAAAUACUCCCUUCACUUUAUUAUAUUUAUC